CAACAAGAUGAGCACUUUUUCUGAGAGUCGGACAUCAGCCGCAAGCAGCAGCUUUGCUGAAUCUGCUGACUCUUCUAUUCAAGAGGAUCUUCAUGGGCAUGAGGAUUAUCACUUUGAGGAUUAUCACUUUGAGGGGCACGAACGUGAGCAAGCUGAAGAAGAACACAACUUGUGCAGGUUCGUCUUGGGUGAGGGUCGUCACCUCCACCUUGCAGAUGAGGAUUCGGACUCAAUAUCUCUGGAAGACGAAGAGGAGGCCUUCUUUCGGAAUGAGAAAGAAACCCAAGAGAAGGACGACGAGGAGAAAAUGGGCUGUUGCGAACCGUUUUGGGCUACGAUGUUAAUCCUAACCUUUGUCGGAUCGAUCGUGUUGGGCACUAUGCUGAUGCACUUUCAGUUUAGGGUGGACGACAAGGCUCUACUUAAUAGUCCUCUUAGAACUGCUGUUAUUGUUAAUAAUUAGAAAAGUCCUAACAUCAACAGGGGUAACAAGGGUAUAAUGCUGCGCAAUAAUAUCUCAUUGAAGAUCAGGCUUCCAAAGUCUAACCACUACACAAUUCUCACGCCUCUAAUGAUUUCCACAGUCUCACGAACACGAAGAUCAUGCCACUAAGUCCACAAUGUUUAAUAUACCUCUAAUCAUCGGCACAGUCUUACGAACAUCGUGCCAGGAUGGAGUGUGAUUGCCUUUUGGUCUACACUGGGAAGCUUUGGGGGCAUUUAUCUGUUUUAUUUGCUCUACUCUUGUUGCGCCUCCACGACGAAGAGUUACAUGUCGAACGUAAUGCCCAGAUCGAAAUUCGAGUAUUAUUAAGGCUAAAACCACGCUAUACUUAUAUAAUGCUCUUCGUAAUCCAUCGAUCUCUGUGGAGGGGAGUCCCAAGUUCAUUCCUCUUAGAUAUCAUCCUCGUGCUCCACAGAGAUGAAACUCUGUUUUUCCUCUAAGACUACGUAAACCAGAUUCGGCAUGCGAAACCGCGCAUCACGUUUUCAAUCCAAAACUAUCACUACGAAACCCGAACAAGGACGACCACUCAGACGGACUCAAAUGUUAAGAUGCAAUGGAAAUUAAAGAUCUCUUAGUCUUCGAUGAAGAGAACAAGUUUGUUAGUAGAAGUAGAAGUACCACGAGCUGCAGCUGAACAGCCAGGUGAUGUAGCAGGUCAAGAAGUCCUUACAUCAUAGCUACUGCUCUGAUCUACUUCAUGAUCAAUCACAUUCUUGCUGGAAGAGAACGUCAACUCUUUUUCUUGACAGCAUUGUUUAUCAUCAAACCUCUAGAUUAGAGCCUCUAAUUUCAGUAAAACCACAACUCGCACAGAGACGUAUACGGUGAGAGUUGACACGCAUUACGCCGAGAUGGAUUACGAGAUAGGCGCUUUUAUAGACCAUACGUGGACAUUGGCGGAGAAAAUGAGACGUCGCAAACACACCCUGCAGCUGCUAGAAAGAGUGCGACGUGAACAGAGACGAGCAGAAAGGGAGGCAGCAGAGAUGGAACGAGAAAGGGUGGAAAGAGUUGUUAGAAGAGAGGAAGACGAAGAGGAACAACGUCAAUUAGAAGCGGCACAAGCUGCACAGCAACUAGAAGCUGCACAGGCGCAGCAGGGUCCGGUAGUUGAAGGAGUUCUUGCGCGACAAGGUCAGGAU